AUGGCCAGCUCAGAGCAAAUAGCUGCUCAAAUCCUAAACACAAAAUCGCUAGUUGUCUCGCAGAACUGGCUAAACACCUUCCUGGCAACCUCCAACUCUGCGCAGCGGAAUCUCCCCGCCUCCGCGCUCACCAAGACAGCUCUCUUCCGCGUCCUCGCCUCCGAUUUCCGGGAAUCCCUCUCUACGAGCCCAUCCUCCAUUCUCCCCGUUGACAUAUUCGACCCAACUGUACAAGAGAGGCGCCUACAAGGCCCAAUUCCGGUCCAGGUCGUUGACAUCGAAGACAUCGGAACAAGUCUAUGGAGCCAAGUCGAGGCGAUUGAGCGCGUUGAGCGGGGAGAAGCAAUUCGCGGCAGGGAGGUUGUGCGGACUAUCCCAAUGGGCGAUGACAACGAAAGCGCAGAUAAUGGGAAUGGUCGUACGAAUAAUUCAGCUGCCCUAAACGCGUCGGGGAGCAGUGGCUAUGGACCGCACCGGUUGAUUCUACAAGACGCGGCCGGCACUAAGACGGUUGCUAUCGAAAUGAAAUCUAUAGAGGGUAUAUCACUGGAAAAACUUUCCAUCGGUGCGAAGUUGGUUCUUCAAAAUGCGACGGUUGCCCGAGGUAUGGUCUUGCUAAACCCAGGAUGUGUCGCCUUGCUCGGUGGGAAGAUCGAUGCACUGGAUCGACCGUGGAAGGAAGAUAGGAAGAAACGGUUAUUGGAGCGAAUCUCCACUCUCCAAGGUACAUGA